AUGUCCACCCUAAACUACCGCACGAUAAACAUCGACGCCCUCGACCCGGACAGCCCGCAGAACUUCCCAAUCGAGUCCCUCCUGCCCUCCACGCUCCCCCCCUCGCAAGGCCCCAGCGACGCCGCGAACACGGCCACACAGGUCCGGCAGCUCCUGCGCUCGGGCGACCCCGCCGCGGCGCUGAUCCACGUGCUCGACACGGCGCCCCUGGGCGGCGACGAGGGCGCGAAGCAGGUCCACCUUGCGACGGUUAUCGAUGUCCUGCAGGGGAUUAGGCAGAGUGAGAUGGGACGGGUUCUAGCUGCUGUGCUUGAGGGGCAGGGCGGUGUUGAGAGGGGGGAUUGUUUGAUGAAGUACUUGUACAAGGGUAUGGCGGCCGGGGGACCGAGCAACGGCGCGCAGAGCCCCAGGAAGUCGGUGUCGCCGCAGAGCACGGGGUUUUCGCAGAUCCAGGCGAGGAAUCUUGGUGAGGGGGGUGGUGGGCAGCAGAUGAGCGUGCUGCUGAACUGGCAUGAGAAGCUGGUGGAGUUGGCGGGGACGGGGUCGAUUGUGCGUGUCAUGACGGACCGAAGGACUGUUUAA